UACGCGGCCGCUUUUGCGUACGUGUAUCACGCACGCACGCACGCACGCACGCACUCGUCAUAAAGUUCCCAAAUGCAGCCAAUGAACGAGCAACAAAUGUGCAAACUUUCGAAGCGCCAUUGAAGAUGACGGCGAUUGAGCGCUUUAUAGGAAGCUCGCUCGCUGAGUUCUUUCGGCUCGUUUGGUUCAGUGGAUUCGCCUGCUCGCACCUCUUCACGCGGCUCCAGCUCCAGCACCAGCAGCAGCAGCAGGUCCGAACGCUCCCUCCCUUCCUAGUCAUCAUCGAAAGAAGAUGAACUUCUCCAAGCUGCUGUGCUUGGUGCUCGUGUACAGCGAGCAAUUUGGGCAAGUGCUGGCAACAGUGCAGACAGGAAAAGAUUGCAAGGGCACCGCUGACGCAACUGUGACGUGCAAGCGCAAGAAGGACGAAACCGUCAAAUUGACAAUCGCAGGCACAGCUAACAAUCCUGUCAGAUGGAAGAAAGGAACUACUACAAUAUCGGCACAAGCUGCUAAGUAUGAGUUAGAUGGUGACAAAAACAAAAUACUGACGAUCCUGAACCUGAAAGAAGGCGACGAGGAAACCUACACGGCCGAAGGCACCUCACCGGUCGAAAAGUUCCAGGUCCAAGUGGUGGACUGCUUGGGUGGCAAAUCCACCAAACCAGCCGGCCUGUGCCAGGGCAAGCCGGGUGGCAGCAUCAGAUUGGGGCUCUCAGACGCAACUGGCAGCUCACUCUCCUGGAUGAAGGAUGGGACGGCCAUUACGACCGGUGACAAGUACGACGGUCCAGUCAACGCGGCUACCCUGAAGAUCAAGGACCUGGACGACGGCGACGAGAAAGAGUUCACGGGCGGCAUCACCGGCGCAAUGGAAAAGUUUAUCGUCCAAGUGGCCGACUGCUUUGGCGACACGGGAACCGUGCAGUGCCAGGGCAAGCUGAACGAAGCCCUCAAAUUGAGAAUCUCAGCCGCAGUUAGUGGUACUGUCACCUGGGAGAAAGUGGACGGCCAGUUACCCAGCAACAACCAGAAAGUAGGAACCAAUAACGUAGGUCUGAAACUCGCGCCCCUGACAGCAGCCGACGCGGGAACCUACAAGGCCACCUACGACUCCAAGGAUGUGUCCUUCACUGUCAGAAUUCCGGGUGAGUUUGAUGUUGCAGGACGAUCCACUCACUGGUACGAGAGCCGAAAAGCUUUGACCCGAAAACAUUUUGCAUUCCAUUGGCAGUGGAAACCAACCAAUAAGCAAGCCCAUUCAGCAGCACUUUUUGUUUUACAAACCGCACUCGCAGUACUGCGCGCAAAAGUGUGCGACACCGGUGCGGGCGGCGGCGACACCAAAAAGGAGUCAACUGAGAACGGCAAGGACAACAGCGGCGGCGGCGGCGGCGGCGGCGGCGGCAGCAGUAACAGCGGCACUGACCAAGUCAAUUUGGGCGAGGGCAAGGGCACGGGCAAGGGCGCCGGCGAUCACGGCGGCGGCGGCGGCGGCCUGUCCUACUCACCUGCUCUGCUGGUGACGGUCACCCUGGUGCAUCUGCUGCUUCAGCUGGCCGCCUAG